AAUAAACUUCCCAUGGAACAAUCUUCACAAAUCAAGUCGUCAUAGUUCAAGCAUGCUGAGGACCUCGUUCUGUCUUCAAUCGCAUUCAACUUUUGUCACUGUUGCCAAUCUGCAUGUGGGCCACUAGCAUUCAUGCCAACACCACUGGGCCAACAUUUACUGGGGGCUUAAGUUCGUUUUGGCAAAAUGUCCUGUGGUUUCACAAAAAGUCACACAGUCAAAGUCAUCUAAACUAAAAUAGCAGGAGAUUGUGACAGAGCGAAAGAGAGCAACACAAAGACAACCCAACGAAAAUUUGUGACACAAAAAGGAAAAAAGAAGAAGAAAGUAACUCAACACAACAUUCUUAGCAUUAAUAUUUGAAGUCAUAUAACGAUUUGACGUUGAUAACCAUUUGGAUGCCAACAACUUUUCUGGCUAAUGCCCUCGCCCAUAAAAACACAAAUCCUGGCAAAAUGAACAUUUAGCCACGAACACCGAAAACGAAACACAAGCGGGUGUUUGGACAUUAAGUUGGCAUUGAAGGGGGGAAAACAACAGAAAACCCGAAAAAAAAAGAAAAACAAAACAAAAAUGAAAGGAUUUUCUCUGGUUUUAAACAAAACCGGCUUAACGAGUACAUCAAUUGACUUUAAACACGACAGGAGUGUCAAACGACAGCGCCAAUCCCCUACCCCACAGCAACAUCCAUUAGCAGCUAAACUCAGGAAGAAUAUGCCCGCAGACUGUGCCCAGGUGCAUGACGGUGGUAAUAAUCACUCGGGAGAUUUGGAAGAUCUCAAAAUUGAUAAUUUUCAAAAUGACACAAUGACAAAGCCAACAACAACAACAACAAACACAGCAACGGCAACAAUAACUUAUGAGCGUUGGAAAACCAAGCGAAAAACUGACAUUUGCCACGAGGCCGCAGCCAGCAGUUCUGGCAAAUCGUCCAAAGUGAUUAGAAACACUGCCUGUUUAAUAAAUCCUGCAAAGCCAACAAGCCAGCAGAAGUGCCAAGGACAACAAAAGUACGACAACACCUUGCUUUGGCAACAGCAACGAUGUCGGCAAGAAACACUGGAUCAAACCCCGCCACAAGUUGGUAACUUUAAUUUACAGCCGUCGUUGGCAAAGUCAUCUCUGUUGGCGGUAAAUGUUGUCAAUGGUAGUAACACUAAUCUCAAAGAGGAUUCCGUAAAAGAGUCACCAUUACCACGAACAACAACAACAGCAGCAGCAGCAACAACAACGAUAAACACCACCUCCACCACCACCACUACUGCGAAGGCAAACCGAAAAACGUCAAACCAAGUCUCAUCAAAAUCUGUGCCGGCAGCAACCACCAUUAACACCUCCAAGAGUAAUUUUUCCCACCAGCAAUGUCAGAGGCAACACCUUGACAACCUACAACUCCAACACCACCAGGAACAACAGCAACAAAAGCAAUAUAAACAUCUUCAAUUGCCCAAACAAAGAAGCAGCAGCUGCAGUAAAUUUUCAAGGCUAUCCUCAUUACUGCUGCUGCUGAGAAGAUUUCUAAAGACAAUUACAGCUGUUAUGGUAGCAGGAACUCUCCCCGCAACCACCACCACCACCACGUCCCCCACAACUGUCAAUCGCACAAUGCCGUCAAAUAACACCGCCAGUCAUCAUCAUAAACGGAAAACUCCAAUUGCCCUCAACUCCUCUUCGACAAAAAAAUCAUGGCACCUGUCUGGCACUCCAUCACCCACUGUUCUCUCAUCACCCAGCUGUCUAACACUCUUCUGUUUCGCCACCAUGCUGCUAAUUUUUCUCUGCCCUUCAUCGCAAGCGCUGCGUUUGGCCGGUGGCACAAGUAAAUCAUCGUCGGCCAAUAAGGAACAACUUUAUAUCGGUCUCAUUGCGCCCCAUACGAAUUUCGGCAAACGUGAAUAUCUGCGGGCCAUCCACACAGCGGUUAGUGGUCUGAAUAAGACACGUGGUGCGAAAUUAACAUUCUUUAAAGAUUAUCAAUUUGAGCCACGGAAUAUACGCUUCGACAUGAUGUCCUUAACACCAAGUCCAACGGCAAUUCUGAGCACCCUCUGCAAGGAAUUCCUCCAGUUCAAUGUCUCCGCCAUUCUUUACAUGAUGAACAAUGAACAAUUCGGCCAUAGCACGGCCUCGGCCCAAUAUUUCCUACAACUGGCCGGCUAUCUGGGCAUACCGGUGAUCUCAUGGAAUGCCGACAACUCUGGCCUGGAACGACGUGCCUCGCAGUCAACACUUCAACUUCAGUUAGCUCCAAGUAUAGAACAUCAAAGUGCCGCUAUGUUGAGCAUAUUAGAACGUUACAAAUGGCACCAGUUUUCGGUGGUCACCUCGCAGAUUGCGGGCCAUGAUGACUUCGUGCAGGCCGUGCGGGAGCGAGUUGCCGAAAUGCAAGAUCAUUUCAAAUUCACGAUACUCAAUGCGAUUGUUGUAACGCGCACUAGUGACUUGAUGGAACUUGUUAAUAGCGAGGCAAGAGUUAUGCUCCUCUAUGCCACGCAAAGUGAAGCAAUCACUAUUCUUAGAGCUGCUGAAGAGCUGAAGUUAACGGGAGAGAACUAUGUGUGGGUGGUGAGUCAAUCGGUGAUCGAGAAGAAGGAUGCGCAUGCCCAGUUUCCGGUGGGCAUGUUGGGUGUGCACUUCGAUACGAGCAGUGCGGCGCUAAUGAAUGAGAUAUCGAAUGCCAUCAAAAUCUAUGGCUAUGGUGUGGAGGCGUACGUAUCGGAUCCAGCGAAUCAGGGGAAGAAGCUAAAUACUCAGGCGCUGUCGUGUGAAGAUGAUGGACGCGGUCGUUGGGAUAAUGGAGAAUUAUUUUUCAAAUAUCUACGUAAUGUCUCCAUCGAGGGCGAUUUAAAUAAACCCAAUAUUGAAUUCACGGCUGAUGGUGAUCUUAAAUCGGCGGAACUGAAAAUCAUGAACUUAAGACCCAGUGCAAAUAAUAAAAACUUGGUCUGGGAAGAGAUCGGCGUCUGGAAAUCCUGGGAAGCCCAGAAACUCGACAUUCGCGAUAUCGCCUGGCCGGGUAAUUCACAUGCUCCACCACAGGGUGUACCGGAAAAAUUCCAUUUAAAAAUCACAUUUCUUGAAGAAGCACCCUAUAUCAAUUUAUCACCCGCCGACCCCGUUAGCGGCAAGUGUCUCAUGGAUCGCGGCGUCCUCUGCCGUGUGGCAGCUGAUCACGAAAUGGCCGACAUCGAUGUGGGCCAAGCGCAUCGCAACGAGUCGUUCUAUCAGUGCUGCAGCGGCUUCUGCAUCGAUCUGCUGGAGAAAUUUGCCGAGGAACUGGGUUUUACCUACGAACUGGUACGGGUCGAAGAUGGUAAAUGGGGUACUCUUGAGAAUGGUAAAUGGAAUGGUGUCAUCGCUGAUCUGGUUAAUCGCAAAACCGACAUGGUCCUCACAUCGCUCAUGAUCAAUACGGAGCGUGAGGCGGUGGUGGACUUCAGUGAGCCCUUCAUGGAGACUGGAAUUGCUAUAGUGGUGGCCAAACGUACGGGUAUUAUAUCGCCAACGGCUUUUUUAGAACCUUUUGAUACGGCCUCAUGGAUGCUGGUGGGCAUUGUUGCCAUACAGGCGGCCACAUUCAUGAUCUUCCUCUUCGAAUGGCUCUCGCCCAGUGGCUACGAUAUGAAACUGUAUCUGCAGAAUACCAACGUUACACCCUAUAGAUUUUCGCUGUUCCGAACGUAUUGGCUGGUGUGGGCGGUGCUGUUCCAGGCAGCCGUACAUGUAGAUUCGCCGCGUGGCUUUACGUCGAGAUUUAUGACAAACGUAUGGGCCCUGUUCGCUGUGGUAUUUUUGGCCAUCUACACUGCCAACUUGGCGGCCUUCAUGAUAACGAGAGAGGAGUUCCACGAGUUUACUGGCUUAAACGACAGCCGUUUAGUUCAUCCAUAUUCACACAAACCCUCCUUCAAGUAUGGCACCAUCCCAUACAGCCACACGGACUCCACCAUCAAUAAAUACUACAAGGAAAUGCACUACUACAUGAGACAAUAUAACAAAUCCAGUGUAGCGGACGGAGUGGCAGCUGUGCUGAAUGGCAAUUUGGAUGCCUUUAUUUAUGAUGGCACGGUGCUCGAUUAUUUGGUGGCUCAAGAUGAAGACUGUCGUCUGAUGACGGUGGGCAGCUGGUAUGCCAUGACAGGCUAUGGUCUGGCCUUUAGUCGCAACUCAAAAUACGUCCAAAUGUUCAAUAAACGUUUAUUGGAAUUUCGAGCAAAUGGCGAUCUGGAACGUCUGCGUCGCUACUGGAUGACGGGGACAUGUCGCCCCGGCAAACAGGAACAUAAAUCUUCCGAUCCCCUGGCAUUGGAGCAAUUCUUGUCGGCAUUUUUAUUAUUGAUGGCGGGCAUUUUGCUGGCAGCUUUAUUGCUGCUGCUCGAACAUGUCUACUUUAAGUAUAUACGAAAGCGGAUUGCGAAAAAAGACGGGGGCCAUUGUUGUGCUUUAAUCUCGCUGUCGAUGGGCAAAUCGUUGACAUUUCGCGGUGCCGUCUACGAGGCGACGGAGAUACUGAAAAAACAUCGAUGCAAUGAUCCGAUAUGUGAUACCCAUUUGUGGAAGGUGAAACAUGAAUUGGACAUGACACGACUGAGAGUGCGUCAGCUGGAGAAGGUGAUGGACAAACAUGGCAUUAAGCCGCCACAAUUAAGACUUGCCUCCUCAUCGGAUCUGCUAAAUCAUCAUCAUCUAAAGGAACGACCACCCCUAAUGGGCAAUUUGAGUUUGGCAGCCAGUGCACAAGAUUUAUACAGGUGGUCAUAUAAAACGGAAAUAGCGGAAAUGGAAACUGUUCUCUAAGGAGUCAACAACAACAUCAAGAACUCAAGACCAAAAAACAGAACAGUAACCUUCUGUCAUCUAACGUCUUAUGCACAAGACAGGCUGUAUCCUAGCAGCUGUAGAGAAAAAAAGAACAACAAGGUAUUUUUUUCAAACUAGCAGUAGCAUUAUUAACAACAAACCAACUAAGAAAAAAUGAAGAACUAAAUUUUUUGGGAAAGUCAUGAAAAUACUGCUGCUGAACUAUCAAAUUUAAGAGAGAAAAAUUUGAAAAAGAAAUUCCUUCCUAAGGAUGCCAUGUGAACGACGUGUAAGGAAAACAUCACAUCAUAAAUCAAGCAACAUUUUGUGUGCCAUAUUUGUAAGUUAACAAUGAACGUAUUAAAAUUUAAGUAAA